GAAAUUGUGUCCAGGAUAAAAAAUAUAGUUACUUUUAUAGAACAAAAACAAAACAAAAAAAAUCGAGUCAAUAUGCGUUUUUUCUUUUAUUCCAGUCUUUAAUGUUCCUGUCGUUGUUUUUCCAUAAAAGUCCUGUUCACCUGUGUCAGGUAAACAGGAAGUCCUACAGGUGUAUGCGGAGUGGAGACACGCCCUCAGAAACCUGAAGCUCCCGGAAAAAGUUUCCUUUUUUUUUCUUUACUGGCGUUUCGCUCCGUUUCCCUCCGCAGGAUUCACACAGACGACACAAUCAGGUCGGACGGAUAUUUGUGAACACCUCAGCCGGAGAGAAGACCUCAGUCACAAACACUACGAGACCUUUUUUUUUUCUCUCUCUUCAUCGAAACCUUCGCCUCGGUUUAUUUAUCUCCUCGCAGGUUGAAUUUGAAACACACAGGAGUCUGAGGCCUGCAGGUUCACGUCGACAGAAACCACAUUACUCAGGAGCGAGGAGACUCUGAGGCGGCUCGGCUCGGCUCGGUUGAAGGUCGUUUUGGUUUUAAUUCGAGCAGUCCGGUCCAGGAUGGACUACAUGGAUAGUGGAAUGAGAUACACCCCAAAGACGUCGGACAAAGACUGGGACACGUCGGUCCAGUUCUUGCCGGCGUCAGAUAACAAAAAGCUUGAGAAGAAAAAGGGUCCAGGGAAGGUCGGAGCUGUGAUCGGCGUGAUUAUCUUCGCCGCCGUCGUUGCACUUAUGACCGGACUGCUGGUCUGGCACUUCCACUUCCGUAAAGAUGUGCGGGUCAAGAAGAUGUACACCGGCUCCAUGCGGAUCACCAACCAGGUGUUUGAAGACGCGUACGAGAACUCCAACAGCUCUGAGUUCAAGGCGCUGGCCAAGCAGGUGACGUCACAGCUCAAAAUCAUCUAUUCCAAAAGUCCACAGCUGGCCAAAUACUACGUCGGUUCUACAGUUCAGGCUUUCAGCGAAGGCAGCGUUAUUGCCUACUACCUGUCCGAGUUCAGAGUCCCUGUGGGUCAGGAGGCAGCGGUGGACAACGCCAUGGCUACACUUAACAAGCUGGUGGAAAAAGAGCAGCGCUCGCUGAAAAGACCUGGCAACGCUCUGGUCCUCGAAGACGUGGUGUCGUCAGCACUUGACAAGCGCUUGUUUUCAUCAUCAUUCAGCGAAUUCUUAAGCUUCUCAGAACAUACGAAGAAAAAUCACCUGGGGCAGAUUCAGUCCCCCGGCUUCCCCAACCGCCCGUAUGGCCCCAACACCUUCAUCCAGUGGCAGCUGAGAGCGGACCCCAACUACGUCAUCAAGCUGGACUUCGACACGAUGAAUCUGGAGGAAAACUGCAAGAACGACUUCGUCAAAAUCUACGACUCCCUGGUGGCCAUCGAGAGCCGCGUCAUGGAGGAGAUGUGUGGGUACUACUCACCAAGUGAACCGUUGACCUUUCUGUCUUCUGGCAACGUCAUGUUGGUGACGAUGGCCACCAACGAGGAGGAGAACUAUCCCGGCUUCAGAGCACAAGUCUCACAGGUCAAACGUGGAAGUAAAGGUACAACAUGUGGUGGUCAGCUGUCAGGUGAAAAGGGCAACUUCUCUUCCCCCAACUUCCCAAAUUACUAUCCUCCUCAGACUUUAUGUCAGUGGUCGAUCGAGGUCCCUGCUGGUAAAGCAGUGAAGGUGACGUUCAAAAGGUUCCUCUUGUCUGAGCCUGGGCAGGAAAACAGCAAGGACUGCCUCAAAGACUACGUGUCAGUCAAUGGAAAGAAACUGUGUGGAGACAAACCUGAUGGAACAAUGACAGAAACCAGCGACAACAACAAAAUGACGGUGGUGUUUCGCUCUGAUGCGUCCUACGUGGACCGAGGUUUCGAUGCAGUCUUCGAGGCCAUGGACGUCAAAGACCCUUGUCCGAAACAGUUCCAGUGCAACAAUCAGCGCUGCAUUAAGUCAGACCUCAGAUGUGAUGGCUGGAAUGACUGUGGAGACAUGAGUGAUGAAUUAAACUGCAAGUGCGAUGCAAAGGCUAUCACCUGUAAAAAUGGAUUGUGUAAGCCCAUGUUCUGGAAGUGUGACGGCGUCGAUGACUGUGGAGACCGCACAGACGAGCAGGACUGCGGUGGAUGUCAGUCUGGACAAGUGACAUGCAGGAAUAACAAAUGUGUCUCUGAGAAGAAACGCUGUGACGGCACUGACGACUGUGGAGAUGGAUCAGACGAGCUCGACUGUGGGAGAACCUCUGAUGUGCGCUGCAGUGAUACUACAUAUAAAUGCAAAAACAACAAAUGCAUCACAAAAGUGAACCCGGAAUGCGACGGAACACAGGACUGUGAAGACGGAUCUGACGAGGAGAACUGCGACUGCGGGAGGAGCAUGUUCAAGACGUCACGUAUCGUGGGCGGUCAGGAUGCAGAUCCAGGGGAGUUUCCUUGGCAGGUCAGCCUCCAUGUCAAAUCUAUCGGUCACGUCUGUGGAGCGUCCCUCAUCAGUCCGAAGUGGCUGGUUACUGCUGCCCACUGUGUGCAAGAUGAAGGCGGCUUAAGGUUGUCCCAGCCCGACAAAUGGGAAGCUCAGCUCGGCCUCCACACCCAGCGGAACAUUGGAUCCACCGUGCAGAAGAGGACCCUGAAGCAGAUCAUAGCCCACCCUAACUACAACUCAUUCACCUUUGACAACGACAUCGCCCUGAUGGAGCUCUCCAGUCCCGUCACCUACUCAGACUACAUCAGGCCCAUCUGUCUGCCUGCUCCCCAGCAUGAUUUUCCAGUUGGUAGCACUGUGUGGAUCACCGGGUGGGGAGCCACCCGAGAAGGAGGAUUUGCUGCAACAGUUCUCCAAAAAGCCCAAGUCCGAAUCAUCAACCAUUCGACUUGUAACGAUUUGAUGAGGGGACAGCUCACGUCUCGGAUGUUGUGUGCUGGAGUGCUGAGCGGAGGAGUCGACGCUUGUCAGGGAGACUCAGGCGGUCCUCUGUCCAGUCCGUACGGCACUCAUAUGCACCUGGCAGGAGUGGUCAGCUGGGGCGAUGGCUGCGCUCGCAGGAACAAACCCGGCAUCUACACAACAGUCACCAAGUUCCGAGGCUGGAUCGAAGAAAAAACGGGAGUGUAGCCCGCUGCAAAGUGGUCGAGCAACACCAAGGAUAUGGACAUGAACACGGGCUGAUAAGCGUGCCACAGUGCAGGUUUUGGCUCCGGUCAAACGCAUCUUUCCAGCUGGUUUAGUGGGCUUGACUCCAAGUCAUAGCUGCAGUGAAAACUGCACUGUUUUGCUUGAAGAGCAAUUCAUUUUAUGUCCACUGUGAUUUUAUGAGGGUAGGGUUGAUGAAAUGUUUUAAAUUGUAAAUAAAGGUUUUAUUUUUGUGUGUUUUUGCCAUUGUUGUUGUAUGUGUGUGUUUAGAUGGAGAACAAUGUUAUGUGCCUCACAAGAAAUAGAUUUUAGGCGUGAUUGUUACACUUGUACACAUCUGAAAUGUGCAUCCUUGUACUCCUGUAGUAGACCUGUGUUUUAUCAGCAGCCAAGAAUUUCUCACCGCUUUUUUCUUGUUGUUGUUGUUGUAAAUUUUAUAAAUUAAAAACAAAAUGACAGCAUGGUCAUCCCAUCCUACCUCC